GUGGUUAAAUAAGUUUGAAAAGCUGUAGGUCUAAGCUUCUCUCUCUCUCCCCCUCCCUCCCUCCUUCCCUCCCUCCCUUCCUCUUCCUUUCAUUCAUUUCAUACACACAGGCUCACACGUCUGCUCUCUCUCUCUUUUGUCUCUCUCAGAAUGACAAUUCUAGGUACAGCUUUUGGUAUGAUUUUUUAUUUACUUCAAGUCGUUUCUGGAGAAAGUGGCUAUGCACAGAAUGGAGACUUGGAAGAUGCGGAGUCAGAUGACUACUCAUUCUCAUGCUAUAGUCAGUUGGAAGUGAGUGGAUCCGAGCACUCACUGACCUGUGCUUUAAAUGACCCGGAAGUCAACACCACCAAUGUGCAACUUGAAAUAUGUGACGCCCUUUUGGAGGUAAAGUGCCUGAAUUUGAGUAAACUGCAAGACAUAUAUUUCAUCAAGACAAAGAAAUUUUUACUAAUUGGACCCAGCAAAAUAUGUGUGAAACCUGGAAAAGACGACAUGCACUGCAAAACAAUGAACAUAGUCGAUAUAGUCAAACCCGAGGCUCCUUUUGACUUAAGUGUCAUCUAUCGUGAAGAAGCAAACGACUUUGUGGUGACAUUUAAUACAUCACACUUGCAAAAGAAGUAUGUAAAAGAGUUAACACACGAUGUAGCUUACCGCCAGGAAAAGAAUGAAAACAAUUGGAUGCAUAUGAAUGUAUCCAACACAAGGGUGACACUCCUGCAGAGAAAGCUACAACCUGAUGCAAUGUAUGAGAUUAAAGUCCGAUCUAUCCCUAACUACCAUUUUAAAGGCUUUUGGAGUGAAUGGAGUCCAAGUCAACACUUCAGAACUCCAGAGCUCAAUAACAGUCCAGGGGAGAUAAAUCCUGUUUUACUAACCAUCAGCAUUUUGAGUUUCUUCUCUGUGGCUCUGUUGGUCAUCUUGGCCUGUGUACUAUGGAAAAAAAGGAUUAAGUCUAUUGUGUGGCCCAGUCUCCCUGAUCAUAAGAAAACUCUGGAACAACUGUGUAAGAAGCCAAGAAAGAAUUUGAAUGUGAGUUUCAAUCCUGAAAGUUUCCUGGACUGCCAGAUUCAUAAGGUGGAUGGCAUUCAAGCUAGAGAUGAAGUAGAAGGUUUUCUGCAAGACAAUUUCCCUCCACAGCCAGAGGCGUCUGAGAAGCAGAGGCUUGGAGGGGGCGUACAGGGUCCCAGCUGGCCAUCUGAGCAUGCAAUCAUCACCCCAGAAACCUUCAAAGGAGAUUCACCCCUCAGGUGCCUGGCUGGGAAUGUCAGUGCUUGUGAUUCCCUUAUACUUCCCUCCUCCAGGUCCCCAGGCUGUAGUGAGAGUGGUAAGAACGGUCCUCAUGUGUACCAGCACCUGAUGCUUAGCUCUGAGACUACAAACAGCACCCUGCCCCCUCCGUUUUCUCUCCAAUCAGCAAUCCUGACAUUGAACCCAGUUUCUCAGGGCCUGCCUAUUCUCACUUCCCUGGGACCAAGCCAAGAAGAAGCCUACGUCACCAUGUCCAGUUUUUACCAAAACCAGUGAUUUGUAAGAAACCCAGACUGAAUCCACGGUGACCAACAAAGAUGA